GGUUGAUGCAGCUAUCCGACAAGGCCACAGUCGAGUGUCUCCGGCGCUGCAGCCGGACUUUCCCCCGCUUGUUCUCCGCCACUUGCACGAGCACCUCAGCGCUCGAGUUUUCGGUAUGCCACAUGAACAGGUUCCCAUGGCCGGUAUCCACAACACCCCUAUCCGCCGAAGAGAGCUCAAGACUGCCCCUACUGCUCGCUAGAGACUCAUUCUGCGACGACUGCCUCAUGGCUAGGCAGGCAUCCAACUGGCAGGCCCGCGUUACAGCCCUGGCGAAAACCUACUUGCACUGCUCCGCCUGCAACGCUGACCACCUAGCCUGUCUCUUCUCUAGUCCGGAUCGGCGAAAGAAGCUAUCUAAGCGAGUAUGCAUUGGCUAACAAGGCCAUAUACGCCUCUGCAAGCAUGUGACGGUGCCUUGGUCCAUGGUGGUCUCCGAGGCGGCGGCUUCGUGAUUGGUUUCACGGACAGAAU